GAAAACCAAACAAACAAAGUCAUUAGAAUAAUGCAAGUGUUGUCUGCCACUAAAAAUUCACCUAAUCUUGGUUUACAAUAACUUUUGUAUAUACCAACAAGUCCAAAAAAAGCGAAAAAAGUUGAAAAAAAAAAAAAAAAUGUCCGAGAAAAGUGAUGUUCAAAAGAAGCACUUUGUGCUGGUACACGGGUUCGGGCUCGGGGCCUGGUGCUGGUUCAAACUCGUGAGCCUUCUGAAGAAGGACGGGCGCCACAGUGUCACUGCCCUCGACCUCGCGGCCUGUGGGGUCCACCCGAUCCAGCACCACCAAAUCUCGUCCUUCUCCGACUAUGUCCAACCCCUCAUCGAUUUCCUGUCCGCUCUUCCAAACAACGAGAGGGCCGUCCUCGUGGGCCAUAGCUACGGAGGCAUCCCAAUUUCGAUUGCCGCCGAAAAUUUCCCGGAAAAAAUAUCGUUGGCCGUUUUCGUCACGUCUUACAUGCCUAACUGUACCGAACCGAUUUCAAUUCUCAUUAAGGAGUUCUUCAAGAGGAACUCGAACAAGCCUUUUAUGGAUUGCGAGUUCACGUUCGACUCGGAAUCUGGAGACGUGCCAACUCGGGGUAGGCUCGGCCACGAUUACAUGGCGGCCAAGGUUUACAACCACUGCCAAUUAGAGGAUCUGGAAUUAGGAAAAUUGCUGGUGAGGCCUAGUUUGUUUUACGUGAAGGAUUUGAGCAAGCCGGGUAUGCUGUCCCAAGAGAGAUAUGGGAAAGUGAAACGUUGCUAUGUAAUUUGCGGAGAUGAUGACGUCGGGGACGAGGAAUUUCAGGCGUAUAACAUAGAGAAGAGCCCACCAGAUGACGUCAUGACCAUUGCUGGGGCUGGUCAUAUGGUCAUGCUUACAAAACCACAGGAGCUGUGUCUUUGCUUGCUGGAGUUAGCUGAGAAGUAUGAUUAGUGUGUAAUUUGGAAACUUUCUUAUUGCAUAAAUAAUAAAAAAUAGUGUUUUUAGUUCAUGGUUAGUUGCAUAUUUUUGGUUUGUUUCUUAUCACUCUAGCUAUUAAGUUUCUUUAUUCCCCCCUUUUUAAGGUUUUCUUUUUGUACUUUUUGGAAGCUUUUAUAUCAACCUGUUAAUUUAUCAUCUAUUAAUCUUA